GGGAGACGUUGUGCAGAACUCUCUGAGGGAUUUUACAAGACAUUUUUGUCUGUUUGUUUACCUUUUCUUUGAGCCUAUGCCAUGGCACACCAAGCGUACCAACCUGUGCGUCCUUGUGUAAGCAAGUACCUGCAGUUCAAAUGGGACCAGAGUACCUAUGACAUGCACCAGAAAAAGGUGUCAUCUGCAAAAGCAACCAUCAGUAGAACUCCACCUAAAACAUAUGACCACCUAUUCAACAAAACGAAAAAGAAGAAGCUUGAGGAAGACCGUAUGUCCAUAAUCGAAAGAGAUAACCACAUGCUUAUGGAGAAGAUUUCUCACAUCAUGAGGACAACUGGAGGAAUUGACAAUAAAAAUGACUACAUAAGUAAAAGACUUACCAGUGCAAAAAGGCAACAGGAUCUCCUGCAGAUCACAGAGGAAAACCUGAGAAUACUUCAACGCUUGACCCAGUGUGGACCGAACUAUAGUAUUCAACUGUGGCAAGAUGACUGGGUCAGGACUUGCACACUAAUGGACAGCAUUGGAAGAUAUCCUCGUAUGAACUCUGUACAGUCCCUGAAGGGUGAUGCAAGGUCUGUCAAAAGAGGCGUCAGAUGUCACAAAACCACUCAACCUGGACCAGAACAAAACAGUGACAGUGCUGUAGUGAAGAGGCAUGAGUGUACGGAGUCCUGUGCUGUAAAGGAUGACAGCAGUUCACAAGAGGAAAAGGAGACCAACAAUCAGCAGGGCCAGGAGAAUCAUCAGGAGAAUGCUGAUUGCUGAUUGAGAAACCAGA